CAAAAAGACUCCUCCAAAGCAAUCAAAAAGGAAAAAAUUUAAUAAAUAAAUAAAUAUAAAGAGAGUGGAAAAAUUCUUCAUCUCCUUCUUCUGCUGCUGCUGCUGCAUAUUCCUCAUCCUCAUUUUCAAAAUGGCCAUUUGUAAUCAUGACUCCUCUUGUAUAUGCCAAUUGCCAUCAUUACCACACACAAACACAAAACCACAGCUAUAUCUCUCACCUUUUUUUUUCUUCCUCCUACUAUAUUACAUGCCAUGAUAACUCUCCUAUUUAAAUCUAGAAUUCCCAUCUCUAAGAAUCCACAAUUUUCUUUUAGCCUUUUCUAGCUAGUGACAUAGUUAUAAUCUUUCAUGGUCUUUUCUAUCUCUCUCUCCCUCUCUGACAAAACACUGAAACUGAACCAUAAAAAGAACUACCAAAAUGUGUAUGAACUCGUCAGAGUUGAUAACUGGGACUGCUAUUACCAGCAUAUACGCUUCUUUUCGCCUUAGAAGAUCCUCCUCCAAGCGUUUCAACCUUCGAGUUCAUGGCCUUAACAGGAGAAGAAAAUCAGAUAUGGUGGGAGUGAAGGUGGAGAUGGAAAUCAAGAACUUGAAACUUUAUAUGGAGAAUCAAACCAUCAUGGAAGAGAAUCAGAAGCUAAGAAAGAAAGCGCUUCUUCUUCACCAAGAGAACCAAGCUUUGUUAUCUCAGAUUCAGAACAAGUUGUCAUCUCAACUAGGAAACUAGGAAGAAAUAAUAUUUUACUGUCUAAUCUUCCUCCAUGGGUACCUACUUUUGUGGGAUUAUUUUAGUUUCUAAUAUAGAAUAAUAUAUUCGGGGUGGGAACUGAUCAAGCUAAAUGAAUGAUAUCUUAUCUAGUCUAGUUUUUUUUAUAUAUAUAUAUACAUAUAUAUUUAUAAUUGUUGUAAUCCUUUCACGUAGGAAUGAUAUAUAAUGAAUUUUUAUAAUUGUUAA